GUUGCAUGGCAAUGUGGAGUCGCUAGGUGUAUUACCUAAUGGUGUUGGUGAUGGUAGAAGGAGAGAUUCAAUUAUUUUGACUUUUCGAGAUGCAAAAAUUUCAGUUUUGGAGUUUGACGAUUCAAUACACGGACUCCGCACCAGUUCGAUGCAUUGUUUUGAGGGCCCAAAUUGGCUACACUUGAAAAGAGGUAGAGAAAGUUUCCCAAGAGGUCCACUAGUGAAAGUUGAACCACUGGGGAGGUGUGCUGCAGUCCUUGUUUAUGGAUUACAAAUGACAGUGCUCAAGGCUGCCGAGGCUACCUCUGGUUUGGUCGGCGAGGACAGCUCUUAUAGUUCUGGGCCUACAGGUGCUUCUAAAAUUGAAUCUUCAUAUGUUUUUGGCUUACGAGAGCUUGAUAUGAAGCAUGUUAAAGAUUUUAUCUUCAUUCACGGUUACAUUGAGCCUGUUGUGGUAAUCCUACAUGAACAGGAGCUUACAUGGGCCGGCCGUGUUUCUUGGAAACGUCAUACUUGCAUGAUUUCUGCACUCAGCAUCAGUACAACUCUAAAGCAGCAUACACUCAUUUGGUCCGCAAGGAACCUUCCUCAUGAUGCAUAUAAGCUCCUUGCUGUUCCAUCCCCUGUUGGUGGAGUUCUUGUAAUUGGUGCAAAUACAAUACAUUAUCAUAGUCAGGCAGCAUCAUGCAUCUUGGCCUUGAACAAUUUUGCUGUUCCUGUUGAUGGCAGUCAGGAGAUGCCUAGAUGUGGUUUCACUACAGAGCUUGAUGCCGCUAAUGCAACAUGGUUAACAAAUGAUGUUGCCGUGUUUUCAACAAAAUCGGGGGAGCUGCUUUUACUGACUUUAGUUUAUGAUGGGAGAAUUGUGCAGAGGCUUGAACUUUCCAAGUCAAGAGCUUCAGUACUUAGUUCGGGUAUUACAACCAUUGGAAACUCCUUAUUCUUCUUGGGGAGUCGUUUGGGUGAUAGUCUGCUCGUGCAAUACAAUUCUGGAGAGGAAGUUUCCACACUGACUCCUGGCAUGAAAGAAGAGUUUGAGGAUAUUGAAAGCGAUGCUCCUUUGACCAAGAGGCUGCGGAGGUCUCCCUCAGAUGCAUUUCAGGAUUUGGUUGCCGGCGACGAUCUUUCUUUCUAUGGCACUGGACCAAAUAAAACUCAGUUAACUCAGAAAUCUUUCACAUUUGCAGUAAGGGAUUCGUUACUUAAUGUUGGUCCCCUGAAGGAUUUCUCUUAUGGUUUGAGAAUUAAUGCCGAUCCUAAUGCUACAGGAAUUGCGAAGCAAAGUAACUAUGAAUUGGUUUGCUGUUCAGGUCAUGGAAAAAAUGGUGCUCUUAGUGUGCUCCAACAAUCAAUCCGGCCUGAUACAAUAACUCAAGAAUCGUUACCUGGUUGCAAAGGGAUUUGGACUGUCUACCACAAGAAUGUACGCAGUGAUUCCUCAAAAGUGGCAGCCGAUGAAGAUGAAUAUCAUGCAUAUUUGAUUAUUAGUUUGGAAAAUCGUACGAUGGUACUGCAAACAGCUAACAAUCUUGAGGAGGUAACUGAAAAUGUUGACUACUACGUCCAGGGAAGUACAAUUGCUGCCGGAAAUUUGUUUGGAAGCAGACGGCGAGUUAUCCAAAUAUUUUCUCAUGGUGCUCGGAUUCUUGAUGGUGCUUUUAUGACUCAAGAAUUGAGCUUUAAAUCUUCUCAGUCAGAAGUUGCAGCUGCUGAAGGGACUAAUGUGUCAUCUGUUUCUAUAGCUGAUCCUUAUGUGUUGCUGAGAAUGACUGAUGGAAGUAUUCAGCUUCUUGUUGGAGAUCCAUCCACAUGCUCUGUUUCUGUCACCAUUCCAUCAGUAUUUGAAAGCUCCAGUAAAGUGGUAUCAGCUUGUACUCUCUAUCAUGAUAGAGGGCCCGAACCAUGGCUUAGGAAAACGAGUACCGAUGCCUGGCUUUCUACUGGGAUUGGUGAGGCUAUUGACGGGGCGGAUGGUGUUACACAUGACCAGGGUGAUGUAUACUGUGUCCUGUGCUAUGAAAGUGGAAAUCUCGAGAUACACGAUGUGCCCAAUUUUAGCUGUGUUUUCUCAGUUGAUAAGUUUGUAUCUGGAAGUAGCAACAUUCUGGAUAUGUUUUCCCACGGCCCAGCCAAUGAUCCUGCAAAACUCACGAACAAAUAUUCUGAAGAUGAUGGAAAUGGAAGGAAAGUUACCCAACACGGUAUAAAAGUCGUUGAGUUGUCCAUGCAGAGAUGGGCCGGAGAACAUAGUCGUCCAUUUCUGUUUGGAGUACUGUCUGAUGGUAGCAUUCUUUGUUAUCAUGCUUACAUUUUUGAGGUUUCGGAAAAUACUUCCAAGUCUGAGGUUAAUGAUAGCAACAUAAGUCCAUCCAGACUUAGAAAUUUACGAUUUGGCCGAGUCCCUUUGGACACAUACGCAAGAGAGGAGACACAAUCCGGAACCCAACGCUUAACUAUUUUCAAGAAUGUUGGUGGUUUACAAGGUUUUUUCCUCUCUGGAUCAAGGCCCUCUUGGUUCAUGGUGUUUAGGGAGCGAAUUCGAUUGCAUCCGCAGGUUUGUGAUGGACCCAUAGUGGCCUUCACUGUUCUUCACAAUGUGAAUUGUAAUCAUGGGUUUAUAUAUAUUACUUCAGAGGGUGCUCUGAAAAUUUGUCAACUACCUGGUUUAUUGUCGUACGACAACCAUUGGCCGGUCCAAAAGAUAGCAUUGAAGGGGACUCCACAUCAAGUUACUUAUUUUUCUGAGAAAAACUUGUACCCGCUCAUAGUUUCCGUUCCAGUUCUCAAGCCACUUAAUCAAGUCCUAUCAUCUCUUAUCGAUCAAGAAGGUGGAAAUCAAUUUGAGCACGAUAAUUUGGGUUUGGAAGGGACCUAUCCAAUGGACGAAUAUGAGAUCCGAAUCAUGGAACCAGAAAAAACAGCUGGUUCAUGGGAAACUAGGGCUACAAUCCCAAUGCAAAGUUCUGAAAAUGCUCUCACCGUUCGAGCGGUUACAUUAUUUAACACCACGACGCAAAGAAAUGAGACACUAUUGGCAGUUGGAACUGCUUAUGUACAAGGAGAGGAUGUUGCAGCCAGAGGACGUGUGCUUUUGUAUUCUGUGGAAAGGAAUUCCGACAAUGUACAAGUCCAGGUUUCAGAAGUCUAUUCCAAAGAGUUGAAAGGUGCUAUAUCUGCUGUUGCUUCACUCCAAGGUCAUUUGUUGAUAGCUUCAGGUCCUAAGAUUAUUCUGCACAAGUGGACGGGUUCUGAACUGAAUGGUGUGGCCUUCUAUGAUGUUCCACCGCUCUAUGUUGUGAGCUUAAACAUUGUUAAAAAUUUUAUUCUUCUUGGUGAUAUUCACAAAAGCAUAUACUUCCUUAGUUGGAAGGAGCAAGGCUCUCAGCUUAAUUUAUUGGCAAAAGAUUUCGGCUCACUUGAUUGUUUAGCAACUGAGUUUUUGAUUGAUGGAAGCACACUCAGUCUCACUGUUUCAGAUGAUCAAAAGAAUGUUCAGAUAUUUUACUAUGCCCCCAAAAUGUCUGAAAGCUGGAAAGGACAGAAGCUACUAUCCCGGGCCGAGUUUCACGUUGGGGCCCACAUUACCAAAUUUUUACGCCUGCAACUACUCCCUACAUCCGUAGACCGGAUGGCUCCGGGCUCUGAUAAAACAAACCGGUUCGGUCUGCUUUUUGGAACCCUAGAUGGCAGCAUAGGCUGCAUUUCCCCUCUCGAGGAGCUCACUUUCCGUCGCCUUCAGUCAUUGCAGAAGAAGCUUGUGGACACCGUUCCCCAUGUUGCGGGCCUAAACCCAAGGUCCUUUCGCCAUUUCCGUUCAAACGGGAAAGCCCAUCGGCCCGGGCCUGACAGCAUUGUGGACUGUGAGCUACUUUCGCACUAUGAAAUGCUCCCACUGGAAGAGCAGCUCGAUAUUGCUCAACAAAUUGGAACUACACGAAUGCAGAUCAUCUCCAACUUGAACGACCUCACUCUCGGCACAAGCUUCUUGUGA